AUGACAGCUUAUGUGUGGGCCUCCUUCCUGGUGUGUCUUGUGCUGUGUGUGUCGGGUCAGCCAUGCCAGCCUGGGAAAUUUGAGUGUUUAACGGGAGAGUGUGUGUCGGAGAAUUAUGUGUGCGACUUCAGCCAGGAUUGUGCAGAUAACAGCGAUGAAAAGAACUGUUCCCAUAGAGAAAGAUGUGACUUUGAAGAUGGACUUUGUGAUCUUCAAGUACCAGACCCAGCUAAUAUGUGGAUUCGAGGCUCAUGCCUGACUGAUCCUGGACCUUCAUUAGACCACACAGGGAACUCGACAGGACACUAUCUGUACCUGCACUCUAAAAAUGAAGAAAUGGUCAUUGCAGAAUUAUCCAGUCAAUCUUUUCUGCCUUCAGAGUCCUGCACGGUCACUUUCUACCAUCACAUUGGUCAGAUGGGUGCUGAGCUGCAGGUUCUGGUUCAAUCCAAAUCAGAUCAGCAGCAAAUAUGGAUUCAGACCAAACCGAAUUCUGAGCCACUAACCAAACCCUGGACAAGAUCAUCACUUACAUUCAGACACAGUCAGGAGUUCCAGAUAGUAUUUCGGGGACUAGUGUUGGACAACAGUGAUCCUACUGGGGUAAUUGCCUUAGAUGACCUGUCAUUCAGCCAAGGCUGUGUACCAGCAGGAACGUUACUUUCCUCAAGUCCGUCUCAGUUUGACUGUGGGGCAGGAGUGUUAGUGGAUGCAGCAAAAGUUUGUGACUUUACUUCAGACUGUCCUCACGGCGAAGAUGAGGCCAAAUGUUCUGCUCAUUGUGAUUUUGAGACUGACUCGUGUGGAUGGUAUGAGUUUGCACCAGGUGAUGGUUUUGAUUGGAUCAGAAGCUCACCUCAAGAUGUCUCUACAGAGCAACAACACCAAGUACCUCCAGCAGACUAUUCUACCAAUACCAGCACUGGCCACUUUAUGUUUGUCUUGAAGAACAGCAGCAGUUUAUCUCAGCAUGCAAAGCUCCGGAGUCCCACUUUCCAACAGUCAGGCAUAGACUGUUCCAUUACCUUCUGGCAUUACAAUGCUGGCUUGUCUGUGGGUGCUGCCAAUAUGUAUUUGCAAAUUGAAGGUAUGGACAACCUCACAGUUCUGUGGCGUACACUUUACCAUCAAGGUAACUACUGGCAGCCAGUGACAUUGCAGCUUGGCCGGCAGACGAGGCCUUUUCAGCUCUUGGUGUCCAAGCUGAGCCUGGGUGUGUACUACGGGAUCUCUGCUCUAGAUGACAUUGUUUUUCAUAACUGCUCACUUCCAAAGGCAAUGGAACAGUGCCCCUCUACUGAUUACUUUCACUGUGGGCAAAGCCGAGCAUGCGUGGACCACCUCAAGCUGUGUGAUCUUGUCGAUGACUGUGGAGAUGGAACAGAUGAGCAAAACUGCUCCGUUGAGCUUCUGUGUGAUUUUGAGGAUGGGCUUUGUAGCUGGACUCAGGAUGAAGAAGGAGACAUUUUUGAUUGGACCUGGAUCCAAGGACCCACUCCUACACUCAACACUGGCCCUUAUACUGACCACACCCUGUACACUGUGGAUGGACAUUACCUCUACAUCGAGUCCUCUGCCCCUCAGCAAUUCAAAGACACUGCUGUUCUCAUCAGUCGACCUUUUCAGCCCACCCACAGCAGGGCCCAGGGCUUGGAGCCACGGUGUGUCUUCAGGUUUCACUAUCACAUGCUGGGCCAGCAUGUCUUCCGACUCGCUGUCUACAUCCGCAACUACAGCAAGGGGCGGGGCCAAAUGUUGUGGGUUCGUCAUGGUGACCAAGGCAACUUUUGGCACAGAAAGUCCCUUUACAUCAACAGUGCUCGACCAUUUCAGAUUCUAGUGGAGGGGACAGUGGGGGAUGAUUUCACAGGAGAUAUUGCGAUCGAUGACUUUUCCUUUUUCGGUUGUGAGCCAUAUGAAGGUACACUCCCCUCCCUGGAGGCCAUCACCAUAGCUCCGGCGCUCACCCUUCCAACAGUGCUUCCUCACAGCUGUCCGCAGGGCCAGUUUGUGUGUGGGGUGUACGGAGAGUGUGUGAGUCACAGUCAAGUGUGUAACUUCCGACUGGAUUGCUCUGAUGGCUCUGAUGAAAAGGACUGUGUGAAGGAACGGUGUGAUUUUGAGAAUGGAGUUUUUUGUGGGUGGAAGCUGGAAAGCCCUGCUCCUCCUGUUCCAUUUCAUGCAUUCCAGUGGCUGACAGGACAGGGAGAAACCAUACAUCAUGGGGAGGAAUUUCAUAGGCCUGUUAAGGACCAUACAUUUGGAACUGCAGAUGGAUGGUACAUGUAUGCAGACAGCUCAAACGGAGGAUAUGGCCACAUGUCUGAUCUUAUUACCCCACCAAUUACUGGCACAGGGCCCCAGUGCAUCAUGGGAUUCUGGUACUACAUGAGUGGCUUCACUGUAGGAACGCUUCAGGUUCUUAUCAAGUUUGGUAAUCUCACUUAUGAAGUGUGGUCUGCAACUGGAAACCAAGGCAGUUUCUGGAUGCGUGGCGAGGUCUUUAUCGGAAUCCGUCACAAUUUCCAGGUGAUCCUCCGUGCUAAGCGAGGUGUUAGCUACAUGGGUGAUGUGGUGCUCGAUGAUGUACAGUUUACAAACUGUGCACCGCUUAUUUUCUCGGCUUUUCCUUGCACGAAGGAUGAGUUUGCUUGUGCUAACGGGCUUUGUAUCCCUCUUGGCAACCUGUGUGACUUCAUCGACCACUGUGGGGACGGCUCAGACGAGAACUACUACAUUUGCCAGGGUUUUCGUGGCCGCUGCAACUUUGAAUUCGACCUUUGCUCCUGGUCACAAGUGCAGAGUGACAGUUCUGACUGGCUGAUUAAAGAAGGAAGAACCCCCACUUUGGGAACGGGCCCAGCCACUGACCACACCCUGCACAAUUCAUCAGGCCACUAUGUGUAUCUGGAGACCUCCUUCCCCAAGGCCCCUGGAGACAUGGCACAGAUUUCCGGCCCUUUGUUCAGCCCUCGCAGCAGGAAUUGCAAGAUGGUCUUCUACCUGCACAUGUCUGGUGAGGGUGCUGGCACUCUGAAUGUGUAUUUGAUUACUAAGUCCGCCCCUUCUCUCCUUCUCAACCUCACUGGACAUCAAGGCAACUUCUGGAUCAGACAGGAAGUGCCCCUCAUCUCUAAUGCACACUUCAGGGUCAUGUUUGAGGGCGAAGUUGGCCAAAGUGGAAGAGGAGACAGCUGCCUUGAUGACAUCAUUUUCUCACCAGGCUGUCUUCUCAGCCACAAUCCCAAGACAGACUUGCCUGUUCUGCCACCUUCUGGCUCGUGUCCACUAGGCUCACUUCAGUGUGACAAUGGUGUCUGUUACAAACCAGAGCAAAAGUGUGAUUUUAUUGACAACUGUGGAGACGACACUGAUGAGAAGGAGUGUGGGACUUCCUGUUCAUUUGAAAACGGACGUUGUGGGUGGAAGAGUUCUCAUGCUGACAAUUUCGAUUGGAUGCUGGGCACUGGCACCGCCCAGAGCAUCAGACCACCCUAUGAUCACACUCUAAAGAAUGAAAACGGUCACUUUGUGUAUAUGGCGGCAACUCCAGUGGGUUUAAAGGGGGAUAAAGCUCAUAUGAGAAGUUCUGUAUGGAAGGAGUCUAGCACCACCUGCAAACUGGCAUUCUGGUACUACAUUUCCCACAAGGCAACAGGAGUCAUCCGUCUUUUCUUAAAGACCGAGAGUGAGAUGAAAGAGAUGUGGAUGGAGCAAAGCAUGAUGCCUGAGUGGAGGCGAGCCGAGGUGCUCCUGAGGAACCUGAGGAAUUUUGAGCUUAUCUUUGAAGUAGUGCGUGUGAGGGAUGUUAGCGGCGGGGCAGCACUCGACGACCUGGAGUUUAUUGACUGCACCCGCAGUGCCGUUCAUCCUGGUGUUUGCCCUGCAGCCACUGAUUUUGUUUGCAGCAAUGGCAAGUGUAUCGAUUUCAGUCUGGUGUGUGACAGCAAGGCAGACUGUGAUGAUGGGACUGAUGAGCUGGAAUGCAUGGGACUGGCAGGAGCCUGUAACUUUAACAUGCCUGAGGGUCAGUGGGAGGAGGCAUGUCAACUGAUGCAAAAGCAGGAUGAUGAUUUUGAUUGGCAGAUUGGACACGGUAGAGGGCGUAAUCUUACUGGACCUUCCAGUGAUCACAGUCCCGAUGGAAAAGGCAACUACCUGUAUGUCAACUCAGCGAUGCAGAAAGAAGGGGACGUUGCUCGUAUAACCACGCAGCAGGAGUUUCCCGCCAGUAUUGGUGUGUGCCAUCUGCGCUUCUGGUUUCACAUGUACGGCUCCAAAAAUAUGGGCACGUUAAAGGUGUACACUGUUGGCAGAAGUGGCAUUUCCUUAUUGAUGUGGGCCACUAGCGGGAACCAUGGGGAUGGAUGGCAGUACAGUAAUGUGGUGCUGUCAAACACUCAGCCCUUUAGAAUGAGUAUCCAGGCUGAGAUAGGAGGAGAUAAGUGGACAGACAUUGCCAUAGAUGACCUCUCCUUUACCCAAGAGUGUGCUGCAGGAGGACCUGUCCCUCUGACAUGUGAUUCAGGACAGUUCCAGUGUGAGUACUUGCUGCAGUGUGUGCCACAAGACUGGCACUGUGAUGGAGAAGCAGACUGCAAUGAUGGUUCGGAUGAGGAGAACUGUGAAACUUCGGUGCCCACCACUGUGCAACCACCAAAAGGCUGUGAGGACACGCAAUACCAGUGUACCAACGGCAGCUGCAUUCCCUCUCUGUUGCGCUGUGACAGCAUUUCAGACUGUCCCACCGGAGAGGAUGAAUUCGAAUGUCCUGUUGUGCACUGUGAUAGUGGAGAGCUGGUGUGUGAGGGUACUGGUAGCUGUGUAGCUUUUAACAGACGCUGUGAUCACGUCGUAGACUGUCCACCUUUUAACUCUGACGAGUCCAGCUGCUAUGAGUGCCCAGUUGGAUACUGCCUUAAUGGUGGACGAUGUGUUGUGGAAAACCAAGGGCCUGUAUGCAUAUGUAAUUUAGGAUGGACCGGCAAUCGUUGCCACAGUCAGCAAAAACCAACCCGUCCAACUACUUCAAGUGCAAUACCGGAAACUGAACUAGAGGUGGUUUACAUUGGAGUAACUGUGUCAGUGAUCCUAUUCAUCAUUGCAGUUAGUGUCAUCAUACUUUUCUUCCUACAAAGAAAUCGUACAGCUAAAGAGUCCAGGUUAAUUGCAAAUGAGGAGUUAGAGAGUUCUGCUUGUGGUUGGAAAGAAGAAUUUUCAGAUUUGAGACUCAGAGAUUGUGCGGGAGUUAAAGCCACUUUGAGUAAAAACCACAGGCCUACCAUCAGUGUUUAUCCAUGGAGAGAAGAGCCAGAGUUUCCUGCCAAACUGUCUUUCUCCAACCCGCUGUACAAGGAAUUCAGAAGCUCCGAGGCCUAA